CGACGGUCAACCGACUGCCAACCCCGACCUCAUAAACGCAACCUUUCCUCUGACCAGGCCGGCGUGGGACUACAACACGGCAGAAGAUCCCCAGGCCACAAUCCACCCGACAAGUGAGAGAAUUCCUGGGGUCGGCGGGAUUUUGCAGACUAUGGAUACCUGGGUUCGCAGAACUGGCUAAACCCUUGUAUCAGGCAACACGGGGGUAACAGCCAUUUAAUUGGACAGACGAAGCGGAGUUGGCCUUCCAACAGAUUAAAACCGCCCUACUCUCCGCGCCUGCACUAGGACUACCUGAUGUUACCAAGCCCUUCCACUUAUACGUGGAUGGGAAUAAGGGUGUCGCCAAGGCGGUAAUAACUCAGAACUUAGGCCCCUGGCGGAGGCCAGUUGCCUACCUGUCAAAGAAGUUAGACCCAGUAGCUGCUGGGUGGCCCCCUUGUCUCCGAAUGAUUGCGGCCACAGCUCUGAUGGUGCAAGAUGCUGAUAAACUUGUCAUGGGGCAAGAAUUGCGGGUCGUUACUCCACAUGCCAUCGAAGGUGUACUCAAACAGCCACCUAAUCGAUGGAUGAGUAACGCCCGGCUCACCCACUACAAAGGACUACUACUAAAUCCUCUCAGGAUAAUUUUCCUGCCCCCAACGACCUUAAACCCUGCCUCGCUGCUGCCCAACCCGGACCUGGACGCCCCACUCCAUGACUGCACCGAGAUACUAGCUCAGGUGCACGGAGUUCGAGAAGACCUGCAGGACCGCCCACUUCCUGACGUCGACCUCGUCUGGUUCACUGAUGGGAGCAGCUUCAUGCAUCAAGGCCAGAGGUACGCUGGGGCGGCAGUAACUUCAGAGACUGAGGUAAUCUGGGCGGAACCCCUGCCCCCGGGGACAUCGGCCCAGAAAGCCGAACUGAAAGCGCUCACCCAAGCUCUUACCUUAGGGGCGGGGAAAAAGCUGACAGUAUAUACAGACAGCCGAUAUGCUUUUGCAACGGCGCAUAUACAUGGGGCCAUUUACAGGGAGCGAGGGUUACUGACGGCUGAAGGAAAAGAGAUAAAAAACAAGCAAGAGAUCCUAGCCCUGCUAACAGCCCUAUGGAGGCCAGAAAAAUUAGCCAUUGUACAUUGCCCAGGGCAUCAGAAACUAACUACUCCAACUGCUCAAGGCAACUUUCUGGCAGACCAAACUGCAAGAAAUGUGGCGAAGGCUCCCAGCCAACUCCUUGCACUCCAGCUCCCUGACCCGGGCCCCUGGGACUUGCCAUAUUUCCCUGAAUAUUCAGAACAAGAUCUCCAGUGGAUUGACAAACUUCUCCUGAAACAAAUCCAGAAUGGGUGGUGGACUGAUACUAAUGACCAAACCAUCCUACCAGAAAAAUUAGGACAACAGGUGUUAGAACACAUCCACCGAACCACCCACCUGGGGGCCCGGCGGAUGAUAGACCUGAUCAGACGCUCCAAGCUCAAAAUCAGACAUAUAGCUGAGAUGGCCAGCAGUAUCGUGACAAGUUGCAAAGUCUGCCAGCUUAACAACGCAUACCCCCAAUCUCAAGCUACAACAGGAACAAGGCUCAGGGGAACCAGGCCCGGUAUCUACUGGGAAGUAGAUUUUACUGAAAUAAAGCCAGGAAAGUACGGGUACCGGUACUUACUUGUCUUUGUAGAUACUUUUUCAGGGUGGACUGAAGCAUUCCCAACCAAAAGAGAAACUGCUCAGGUCGUAGCAAAGAAAAUUCUGGAAGAUAUCCUUCCCAGGUAUGGCUUCCCCAUCCAGAUAGGGUCAGAUAAUGGGCCCGCUUUCGUCGCUAAGGUAAGUCAGGACUUGGCUUCCAUCCUUGGGGCAAAUUGGAAACUACAUUGCGCUUACAGGCCCCAGAGUUCAGGACAGGUAGAAAGGAUGAAUCGGACCUUAAAAGAGACCUUAACUAAAUUGACUAUAGAGACUGGUGCUAAUUGGGUAGUCCUUCUCCCCUAUGCUCUGUUCCAGGCCCGUAAUACCCCUUACAAACUGGGCCUCACCCCUUACGAAAUCAUGUAUGGCAGACCUCCACCCCUGGUUCCUAGCUUAAAAGAUGACCUGCUUAAGUCUGAAACAGAAAAUGUCUCUGAAUUCUUAUUUUCCUUACAAGCCUUACAGAAAAUUCACCAAGAAAUCUGGCCCAAGCUGAGAGAGCUAUAUGAGACCAGUCCCCCACCGACACCCCAUCCGUACCAGCCGGGAGACUGGGUCCUGGUUAAGCGACACCGACAAGAGACCCUAGAGCCCAGGUGGAAAGGACCACUCCAAGUACUCCUGACCACACCCACCGCCCUGAAGGUAGAAGGCAUUGCGUCGUGGAUCCACUACACCCACGUCAAGCCAGUGGACCCAACCUCCGACCUUCUGGGGCCAAUCACGGCGGCGGUGGCUGAAGCACCGGACACGUGGACUGUGGACAGAGCUAAGAACAACCCCUUAAAACUCACCCUGCGCCGGCAGCAUAACUCACUGCAAACAUGCAGUUAGGUAGUCUAACUCUAACAUUAGUCGCCCUAGUGGCAGCUGGGGAAAACAUAAAGCCAGCUCCUAAUCCCUUUGUCUGGAGAUUCUGGCUUUAUGAAAACCAAACCCACCCUGGGCAACCUCAUAAGCCCGGGAAAUUAGUGGCCAGUGCAGAUUGCCCCUCCUCAGGGUGCAAUAGCCCAAUUUUACUAAAUUUUACCGAUUUCCCAGUAGCCAAACCAGUGGCACCAAUAAUAUGCUUCGAGUAUGAUCAGACUGAAUACAAUUGUAAGCACUAUUGGUGGCACCAAAGUGCCGGCUGCCCUUAUAACUAUUGUAACAUCCAUAAAUACCAAUGGUGGGGUGGAGAAGAACAGAUAGAUCCCAGAUGGCCCUUCCAUCGCAGACGAGAUAGAGACCUUUCAUAUACAUGGAUAGUUAGAGACCCCUGGAACUCCCGCUGGACCACGCCUCAACACGGGGCUGUAUACUACUCCUCCGCCUCUACAUGGCCUAGCAGUCACCUCUAUCUGUGGCGGGGUCUAGUGCAGGUACGGCCCCUGGUCCAUGGAAAUAUCCAGUGACAAGAAAACCACCUGACACAAGAUUUACGUCCUUUUUCCUGGUUAAAAUUAUUGCAAGAAGGAUUAGAACUUGCCAACCUUACAGGACUUCACAGCCUGUCUGGCUGCUUUCUAUGUGCCACUCUAAGGCGUCCACCGCUAACCGCUGUCCCCCUGCCAUGGGGAUCAUCCACCUCUGCCCAAGCUAACAACCACCAAAACCUCUCAUAUGCCCCUAUCCCUAACGUGCCACUAUACCUAAACCCCAGUCAAGAGAAGUUUCCCUACUGUUUCUCAGGAACUAAUUCCAGCCUCUGCAACAUCACUGCAACGCCCCCUAACAUCACCUUAAGGGCUCCGUCAGGCAUAUUCUUCUGGUGUAAUGGAACAUUAUCUAAAAACCUAUCAAGCCCCUCUGUUACCAACCUACUGUGUCUUCCUGUCACAUUAGUUCCCCGGUUAACUCUACUUACUGCCGGCGAGUUCCUAGGGUAUACCGGUAACUGGACUAGUGCUGUUAUUCACCCAGACCCUAGACCGAGACCUGCACGAGCCAUAUUUCUCCCCCUCAUUGCAGGAAUCUCCCUCACCGCAUCCUUCAUGGCGGCCGGACUGGCUGGGGGAGCCCUAGGUCACACCCUUAUAGAAAGUAACAAGCUGUACCAACAAUUUGCCGUUGCUAUGGAGGAGUCAGCUGAGUCCCUUGCCUCCCUCCAGCGGCAGCUCACGUCCCUAGCACAGGUAACCUUGCAGAACCGGAGGGCCUUAGACCUACUCACUGCUGAAAAAGGGGGAACGUGUAUGUUUCUAAAGGAAGACUGUUGUUUCUACAUAAAUGAAUCAGGACUCGUGGAAGACCGAGUCCAACAGUUACGCAAGUUAAGCACAGAAGUAAGAACACGGCAGUUUGCUUCAGCUGCAGACCAAUGGUGGAACUCAUCUAUGUUUUCUCUGUUAGCCCCCUUCCUUGGACCCCUGCUGAGUCUACUAUUUCUGCUUACCGUAGGACCUUGUGUUGUUAACAGAAUUUUGCGGUUCGUUAAAGAAAGGUUUAACACUGUACAACUCAUGGUCCUCAGAGCCCAAUACCAACCUGUAAACGCUGAAACAGAAUCAGACUUAUAAGACCCAAGAUUGGCUCUAAAAAAUACCUGAAAAGAAAGGGGGGGAAUGAAAAGAGCCGUGCACAUUCCUCAGCCCCGGGCUCAAAACAAACAAGCCCAGUACAAACACAUCCCAUCCUCCCAUCCCACCACAUAUCACCAUAUAUCUCUUAAACUUCCCCCGGGCUCAAAACAAACAAGCCCAGUACAAACACCACCAGGAAAGUCUCCGAUAAGGGGACAGAUGAGGGGACAGCCAUUCAAAGUUUUACUGAAAGAGCGGGAACCAAAAGAAUUCCUUUGUUCCCCUGUAACUUUCAGGCUAUAAAAAAGCAAACACUCGCAUUGUUCGGGGCCCUCUUGUAUGCGGUGGAAUGGAGGGACCAGGUUCGAACUUGUAGUAAAGAUCCUUGCCGCUUGGCUUUGACUCUGGA